GAAGAAGCUCAGACCUGGAAAUACCGUCUCACAGUUUCAUUUUGCUUUUUGUGCUUUCCGAGGCUUCUUUUGAAACUGGCCCUACACAGAACUCGUUCGAAGUUGCUGACAAAAACAUGCCACCGUCCCGCAACCGGCGCAUGGUCCAAGAUGGAACGAGCCACGCUUCGGAACUCAAGGCUCAAAGCACACGUGCUUACCAAGUCCCAAAAAGAGGUGUGCUGUCUAGAUUACCGGUGUCUUGGGUACCUUAUGCAGAGCUCUCACGCAUCGAAAAACCGGGCGGCCUGUACGGUGUCUACAUGGCCUACCUUCUGGGUCUCGGUUAUGGCGGUUCCGUCUUCUCUCCCACCUUGUCUCCCGGUACACUCGCGUACAGCGCCGCGAUCCUGCUGGUCUACUGUGUUUUCCACCGCGGCGCCGCGUGCACCGCUAACGAUAUCAUGGACCGCGAGUUCGAUCGUGAGGUCGCGAGGUGUCGCAACAGGCCCGUUGCGCGUGGGGCCCUGACUCCUGGCCAGGCCUGGCUGUGGUACUUUGUGCAGGUCCUCGGCACCGCCUCUACCAUUGCUUGUCUUCCGAGCCCGAUGUUGGCGCUGAUUUACGCAAUCCCUAUUCAGAUCCUUGGCUCUAUAUACCCCCUUAGCAAGAGACUUACAGAUUUCCCCCAACUCAUUUUGGGCCUGCCCAUUGCCGGUGGUAUCCUUAUGGCCGCGGCCUCGGUCGGUCUCAAGCCGCUCGACACGUCCUCUCUAGCUAUCGUUGGAGCUACAGCCUCACUGACAGCAUCACACUACAUAUGGACAGUCAUCUUUGACUACGUUAACGCUUGUCAGGACACGUCGGAUGACAUCCGUGCCGGUGUGCGAAGCAUGGCAGUCCGUUAUCACGACACUGAUGCCUUCAUAACAACGUUGGGAACCGCUCAGGUAGCCUGCCUUCUUCUUACCGGUAUUCUCGCGGGCUUCUCGCUCGCCUACUUCGUUCUAGCUGUUGGCGGUAAUGCAAUAUGUCUCAUGGCUAUGGUCAAGACCGUCUCGCGCUCACGGUCCGACAUAUGCGGUUGGUGGUUCGCUUGGGGCGGCCUGCUCGUAAGCGGUACAACCGCCAUGGGGCUGCUCGCAGAAUAUUACUGCAGAUUUUGUGAUGAGAAUUGUGCGUGAAAUAGGUGGGUUCAGGGAAGAUGACGACCCUCGGGGACGUUGGCUCAGGUGUCUGAUUGUUGGUAGUACCCUAGGUUAGCAUGGACUUUGUCUUUGCAAUGUACUCAAAUACUAGUAGGAUAGAUAGUUGAUUAAACUGUUUGUUAAUCA